UUCAGCCUGGAUUGUCGUCUGUUGAUGACGUUGAGGUAAUGGCUGCUCUUGCAUUGCCGUGAGGAAUGCCUUUUCUCUCCACCAUAGCUGUUAAAUUAAACCACAUGAUAAUAUUGUAGAGUGUUAGAGAACAACACCACAGGAGAGGGGAGUUCUUACCGCAGCAGUGCCGUCUUUGAAGAGCUCCGGCAAGGCAAGAAUAUUCUCUAAUGGAUGCUCCUGAAAGCCCUACCCAAUCCCCUCAGUCCCCUGAGGAUGAGGAGGAGGAAGAGAAGGGCCUUUCUGACAGUGAGCUGCUGGAUUCUCCUGAUGAAGAUGGGGUCAUCUCAGACAGUGAGUUGGUCAAUGAAGAGGAGAAUGGGGGACUUGAGGAGGAAGAAGACAUGUUGGAAAGCAGAGGAAGAGGAUCGGAAUUAGAGGAGGAAAGGGAUGAAGACGAUGAGGUUGUCCCUGAUUUUGUCUCAGACCCUGAAGAUGAGGAGCCUGAAGGAGUAACAGGAGGGAUGGAACCUGAGGAUGGGACCAUUUUGCUGAUUGAGGGGGAUGAAGAUGGUCCGCAUGCAGACCAGUUGGAUGGGGAGGACGAGAAGAAAGGAAUGGAGCCAGAGGAGGGAGUCUUUGACACCCCGCAGUCUCCAGACUCCGAGCCAGAACAGGGCAAGAGCUUUAUUGCUGAAGAAGAUGAAGAAGACGGGGAGGAAGGAUACGGAUACAGCAAGGAUGACUCAUCAGAUCCAUUGGCAGCUGAGGUGGAUGACGAAGACAAAAGUAAGGCAGUUGCAGAGAAGAGGAUGAGAGCUCAGGAAGAGGAAAGGAGAAAAGCGGUGGCAGUGAGGGACCAGAAGGAUGACUCUGUGUCUGUUUCCCGGGAGCUAGACGAGCACGAACUUGAUUACGAUGAGGAAGUCCCAGAAGAGCCCAGCAUCCCUGCACCUGACGAAGAGGAAGAUGAGGAAGAAACUAAAGCAGCGGUAGAAGAGGAAGAAAAUGAGGACAAGAGAUCUAAGAGGAGGGAGAAGAAACCUAUCCUCCCCCCUUCCCCUAAAGACAGUGAAUACAAGAGGACAGGCAACUCCAAAGGCCCAGAGAGGAUGCGCAGAGAUUCCUUCAGAGACAAAAAGAAGGAGGAGGAUGAUGGAGAGAUUGAUGAAGGGGAGAUUGAUGAUGAUGACCUGGAGGAGGGGGAGGUUAAAGACCCGUCAGACAGAAAGAUCAGACCACGUCCCAUCUGCAGGUUCUUCAUCAAAGGGAAUUGCACUUGGGGUAUGAACUGUAGGUUCAUCCACCCUGGAGUCAAUGACAAGGGUAACUAUUCUCUCAUCAGUAAGCCUGACCUCUUCUCACCUAAUGGUGCGCCUCCUGGAGGACCACACCCACUCAUACCCAACAAUCCCUGGGUUGGACCUGCAGUGGAGGAGCUCCCCCCACCUCCUCCUCCAGUGGAGCCUCCUGUGGAGAGUGCCUGGGAGCGAGGUCUAAGGCAUGCCAAAGAGGUGCUGAAGAAGGCCACCAUUCGUAAGGAACAGGAGCCCGACUUUGAGGAGAAGCGUUUCAACGUGACCAUCGGAGAGGACGAGAGAGAAUUUGACAAAGAGAAUGAAUUCUUUAGAGAACGCAGCUACCGCAUCAUCAGAGACGAAAUGGAAUUCAGAGAUCCUGUAUAUGGUGACCCCUAUGCUGAUCCAUACUAUGACUAUGAAAUGGAGGCCCUAUGGCGAGGUGGUCAGUAUGAAAACUUCCGAGUGCAGUACACAGAAGCUCCUCUUCCUUACCCCUACAGUGUGAGUAUCCUCCGCAGACUGCUCCGAGUGUUAUAAUACAUCUUCAAAUAAGUAUAAAACACCAAGUCGAAUUUGUCAAAUGUAUUGAACUGGUGAUCACAGUUU